CCGGCAGCGUUGUUUGGUCCCCACCCCGUUCAAAAGUUCUUCUAUUGAACGGGUCACGCAGCGGCGCUGCAGGCAUAAUUUAUUUCGGUGUUUCUACGGUAUUGCAUUGUGUUGCACAUCUGUUGUGUAUUUGUUAUUUGUUCCUCCUUUAUCUUGUGACCAAACUCUAGCGAAACAAACUAUCAUUAACUUGGAUUUGUUUUGAUUUGGUAAAUCAAAGAACAGAAGGCCGAACAAGAUGCCGGGUUUUAGCACCGCGGGCACGUUCAAAAUCUUUGUCGGAAACCUCGCCGAAAAAACCAGCGUAUCGGAGCUUCGUCCUCUGUUCGAGAAGUACGGCAAAGUUGUUGAAUGCGAUGUCGUCAAGAAUUACGGGUUUGUCCACAUGGAAAAUGAAUCGGAAGGGCGCGAGGCGAUCCAGCAACUUAACGGACAAAUGAUUAAUGGUCAAUCCAUGAAGUGCGAAGCCGCCAAGAGCCGCAAAGCGCCCCAAACGCCGACCAUAAAGAUUUUUGUUGGUAAUCUAACCGAUAACACUAAAGCACCUCAGAUACGGGAGUUGUUUAAAAAAUUCGGAACGGUCGUUGAGUGCGACAUCGUUCGGAAUUAUGGAUUCGUACAUCUUGAAUCGUCGGGAGACGUAAACGAAGCAAUUAAAGAUUUAAAUGGUCAAAUUGUGGAUGGACAGCCCAUGAAAGUCCAGAUUUCAACGAGUCGUGUUAGGCAGCGUCCGGGAAUGGGUGAUCCUGAGCAAUGCUAUCGUUGCGGCCGUGGCGGACACUGGUCCAAGGAGUGUCCUAAAGGAAUGGGACCCGACAGGUUUCGCGAACGCAUGUUCGGACGCGAUCCUUACCCUCCUCCACCACCGCCACCAUUCCUACGCGACCGGAUGAUGGGACGCUUUGGGGAUGCGUAUGACAGCUACUAUGAUCGUCGUUUUCCCGAGGAUUCCCGCGACUUGUACGAGCGUAGGUACUCCAGCAUGCCGUCGAGAAGCGAAAUGAGCCUUCGAGGAGGCAGAGAUUUCUUGCCUCCGCCAUUACCCCCAAGACGGGAGCCACUACCUCCCAUGCCCUCAAUUGGUCUCAGAGGAUCUUCGAGUGGACUGAGUUCCAGAAUGGGCGAAUCCAGCUUCUCUCGCAGUCCGAGUGAUUAUAGUAUGUUCAGUAGACGAUCGCCCCCUCCAAGUAGCUCUCUUGGUGGGUCGAGAAUGAGCCGAAUGUAUGAAGAUUUCAGCAGAGAUACUUUUGACGAUCGAAGACCACCAAUGAGAGGACCAUCACCCCCUAGGCGGUAUGCCCCAUACUAAAGCGGUUUUCCACAUUCAUCAUUAUUUACGUAACUGUAACUAAAUAUGCUAUACAUACACGAUACUUUUUCAAUAGAAAUUCCUACUGAAUCCACGAUUGUAAAUUAAUUUUAUAUUUUGGGAGGAACCGACUACCUUUCAGGACAUGACUGUUCAUGUAGUUCUGUUUCAUAAGCAUAUAGAUUAAUUGUCUGACAUUUGAUAAUAAAUUGCACACUGAUAUGAA